GGCUUGCAGAGUAUUAUUGCAUAUAGGUUGCUCUCAUGGUCGUUGUUAAUGAAUGCAAGGGAAAAAACGUUUUUACAAGGUUUUUACUAAAUUAAAUACCGGAAUCGUUAUACCAAGUACCGCUCGAACUUUAGUUCACGUUCAAGAUCUAACAGAUGAAGUGAUUAAGUGAAUGUGAUAAAAAAAAAAAAUUUGAAUUUUUCAAAUGCUUAGUGGUCAUUUUAAAAAAGUGAUUGGUUCAAGGAAGAAUUUAGGAAAUUGAAAUUGGCAAAAUAAUUUUAAAUUUAUAGUAAACAUAUUUUAAAAGUUUGAGAAACGCUACAAGCACCCAAAAGAAUUUCCAUUGUAUUACGGCAGAACGAAAUCUUUCUCCUUAAAUAUCCUUGGAGACUAAAAUGAAGAAUAAAAACUUCCUCAACAUUUGGAACAGGAAUCGAUCAAUCUACGAAAUCGAACACAAGGACAAAAAAAAAGAACUUGGAAAACUAAGGACUAUUUUAAAAUCCUUAAGCUAUGCAAAGAAGAAGGACUUGAUACAGCUUAUUUUGUGCAUCUUCUUCGCCCUCUGCCUCGGAUCCAUCGGUCCGCUCAACAUGUACUUCCUCCAAACGCCGGUCCUCAAUAUAUACAUCAGAGCAGAGACCAAGGGAAAUCCUUAUAACGUCAAUAUUACCGAAGAGAUUCCCCAUUUAGUUGAUUUCGGCUGUGGUUACUUCGUCAGUGCUGCAAUCUCGGUACUCUUUGCCAUCACUGUGAUCAUGACUUCAGAAAUUGUUUCCCGUAACAUAAUGAUCAGAAUUAAGACUGCCUACUUAUCCAAGAUGCUGUCGAUGGGGAUUGACUGGUUUGAUAAGUCUCAAGAACAAUAUGUCAAUACUGUGUCAAAUGAUUUACAGAAGAUGGCGGUCUUAUUUGAUAGUAAAAUGACAAGCGUAGCCGAAAUGUUCUCCUCGUUAUUUUGUAGUUUUUUAGUGGCCGUCAUACUUUCUUGGAAGGUUGCACUUUUGAACCUUGUAACCAUCUCGAUAACUAUAAUGAUAAUUUACUUUAUAUUACAAUCAUCAAAAGAGAAGGAAAAAUCUAAGCAAGAAUACAGUAGAAAAUGUACGAAAAUUGCUUCUGAAGUAAUUGGAAACGUCUGUACUGUCGCCGCUUAUGGUGGCGAAUAUAAAGAAAUUGAAAGGUACAAGAACACCUUAAAGAUGGCUAACAAGUUUGGAUUACAAUAUACUACAAUGAUCUCUGCAGGAAAAGCAUUCAACUAUUUCAUGCUAUGUGUUUGCUAUUUGAUUGGCUAUUACUUUUCUGUAAGGCUCUAUCUCUUAGACGAUUUCGAUCCUGGGCACUUAGGGGUUAUGUUAGCAACACAAGUUAACGUAAUAUAUCAUUGCACCUACAUGCUGACCACUGUUUCUGAUCUUUACGUGGUGACAGAUUCAGCGUACAGAGUGAUGCGGUUUCUUGACAGUGAUACCAGUUUUAGCAAAUCUAUCGAACAAGGCAUUGUACCUGACACGUUCAAGGCUGAUGUCUCGUUCAGGAACGUUCAAUUCUCCUAUCCGACCAACUUGCUUACAAUGGUGCUCCGUGAUCUGACAUUGGACAUUGAGCCUGGUAAAAUCACUGCAGUUGUAGGAACUAGUGGGGCUGGAAAAAGUACAAUCGUAAGCCUGAUUUCGGGACUUUACGAUGUUACUGAUGGUCAGAUCCUUAUUGGAGGUGUGGAUAUAAAGAAAUUAAAUGUAAGCUGGCUGAGAAAUCAAAUCGGUGUUGUAGGACAGGAACCUACACUGUUCGAUACUUCGAUAGAAGAGAACAUCAGAUAUGGAAAAACUAAUGCAUCUUUGGAUGAGAUUAUUCAAGCAGCGAAGAUUUCUUAUGCUCAUAGUUUCAUCGAGAAAUUGCCUUCAGGUUAUGAUUCAAUUGUUGGAGAAAGAGGUGUAAAACUGUCAGGAGGUCAAAAACAGAGGAUUGCCAUCGCAAGAGCCAUCGUGAAGAAACCAAAACUGCUCCUUCUUGAUGAAGCCACUUCUGCAUUGGAUUCUCAUUCAGAAGGCAUUGUACAAGGAGCCCUUGAUAAUGCCAUGCGUGGCAGGACAACUCUAAUCAUUGCUCACAGGAUGUCAACAGUUAGGAAGGCUGAUGUUAUUUAUGCUAUGAAAGAUGGGCGGGUCAUGGAAAAAGGCUCCCACAGCGAACUGAUGGGCCUUGGAGGAUAUUACUACUCUUUAGCGAAGGUUCAAGAACUUGAGGAAAAGGACAAAGUUCUUAUACUCCAUAAAAGUGUUCAUGCAGAGGAAUUGACUAAAGAAGCCAUCCCUCUCUUUGAGGAAAGUUUACAGGUGAAACAGAAAAACAAAACAUUGAAACUGAGUAAGAAAAAUCUCAAAAUAAUGGGAGUGUGCUUUUUAGCCAUUUUGUUCACAAUAACUACGUCAACAUUUCUUCCCACUUUUUUCUAUAUAUUUAGCCUUUUUUGCCAGUCAUUCACGUUCGCUAAAGGUGAAAUAAAUAAGAUAGCUCUCAUCAAUGUAAGUUAUCUUUUCGGACUGGGCGCCAUUAUAUUUUUCUCAGUAGCUUUUUCCGGUGUGAUGUCAACAGUUGCUACUCAACUAUGGUUGGAAAAACUACGAAAAAAAUCUUUCAGUAAAAUAGUCUCAAUUGACAUUAGUUGGUUCGACUGGAGCGGAAACUCUCCCAACGAAUGUCUUGAGGUAUUGACUAAAAAUCCACCGCUAAUAGAAUCGGUGACUGGUGAUAGGGCGGCUCAGGUUUUCAUCUUCAUGCUUUCGUUAAUAUUCUGUUGGUGCUAUUCAUUCUUAGUCAGCCCAAGUAUAACAGUUGCGAAUUUACCAAUUUUCGUAAUCUUCAUCAUCGUCAACUGCUUGAGAAUGAAAUCGAGAGAUUCUGACGCUAGGUCUGCUGCCCUCACAACCAGAUCGACAAAGGUAGCUAAUGAAUAUGUCCAAAGUGUCAAAACAAUCCAAAUACUAAACUGCCAAAACUAUGUAAUUAACAAGUAUCAAGAAAUGCUUGUACAAUCUAAGAAGGAGGCAAUGGUAAGCAUUAUUUGGUACGCAGCUGUCUACGCCUCUUCGGUAGCAUUGAUGCGAUUGUCGACCGCCAUAGUGUUUAUUUACGGAGCCUAUGUUAUCGCGAAUAGCAAUGUGCUUGGAACAUCACUUCUUGGUGUUGUAUUCACCCUGUGUUCGGCAAGCAUGCUGACUGGACCUGCUUUGAUCUUGCUGAGCCAAUAUCCAGCGGCCAGGGAGGCCACGAAGCAACUCAACAGGAUCGCCAAUAUUAAACCAUCUCUCAAUACAUUGACGGAUCAAGGAGUUAAACCAGAAAUAAGUGGGAACAUUAUCUUCCAAGAUGUGGAGUUCUCUUAUCCAACUAGGGACAAAGUCCAAGUUCUCACGAAGCUGAAUCUCAAGAUUGAAGCAGGGAAGUCGGUAGCUCUUGUGGGAGACUCAGGAUGCGGCAAAUCGACAAUCAUCUCACUUCUAGAGAGGUUCUAUCUUCUCAAUGACGGGAAAAUAUUAAUCGACGGAAUCGACAUCAAUGAUAUAAACGUAAGAUAUUUGAGAAGUAAAAUGGGUCUCGUUUCGCAAGAGCCAGUUUUAUUCGAUAUGACAAUAAAGGAAAAUAUCCAUUAUGGUUUCGAGGAAGAGGUUACAAUGGACCAGAUUAUCGAAGCAGCGAAAAUAGCAAAUAUUCACAACUUUAUAACGAAACUUCCCCAGGGUUAUGACACCCCAGUUGGAGAAAGGGGUUCGAAGCUAUCAGGAGGACAGAAGCAGAGGAUCGCUAUUGCUCGGGCUGUCCUCAGGAAUCCUAAGAUAUUACUUCUGGACGAAGCAACUUCUGCGUUGGACUCAGAAAAUGAGAAGGCUGUGCAGGAAGCUCUGGAGAACGCCUCUAUUGGUAGGACCACUAUCGUGAUAGCUCACAGACUGUCGACGAUCCGUAAGGCAGACAAGAUAGUGGUCAUCCAGUCUGGUGUGGUGGUAGAGGAAGGGAACCAUGAACAGCUGAUCGAAAGGGGAGAGGCGGAUUCGUUUGACGGAUACUCACAGACAAGACAGGUAUGCUGCCCCCACAUUGUCGACGUUUGUACGAAAAUCCUCGUAUUUGUACGAGGUUGUGAAGUAUUGUACGAGGAGAUCACGGAGCCAUCUUCUUUUCCGACGCCUCAGAGGGUUAUCGGGAAUUGA